AGUCUCUAACGUGCCUUUAUUGAAUACAGUCGUUAAAUUUUCACUUCUUUCUAAUCAAAGAAAUUCAAAAUUUUUUUUUGGAAUAUUUAAGAAGAGUUUAAAAUGUCUCAGAAGAGAUUUUUAUAUACCUUCGACAAUGAUAAUUUCGCCAUUCAGCUGUACAAUCCAGAAACAGACCAAGAGGGCUCAUUGAAAGUCCUGAAGGAAGGUUUUCUUCAGCAUGAGAAUAUCUGCAUAGCCGUUGGACUAAAUGCUUCUGAAGAGACUCAAGGUCAGCGUGAUGUUGCAAAGCUUUUCGAAGCUAAUCUUAGCGAUGGAAUUUCUCUGGUAGCCCGUUACUUGCCCACGAAUGAAAUUGUGGGAUUUUCAAUCAACAAAAUUCACUCACGUCCUCUUCCUGGAACUCCUUCUUUCCUCGAGGAAUUUUGCAAGAAUAACAAACUUGUGGCUGAAUCGCGCAAUAUCAUCAAAUUCCUGGAGUUUGCUGAUGGGAAGAUUGAUCUCUUUGAGAAGUUCAACACUGAAUGUUUCUUCGAGUGCGUUUUCUUAGCAUCUCUCCCGGAAUUUCGUGGAAGGAAAAUUGCCUAUCAUCUCGUGGAACACACUGUGAAAUUGGCAAAAGAUAUUGUGGCUGGAAAUUAUCCCGAAACCAUUGAUGAGAAUCUCAAAGGGAAGAAACCAAAAAUUGUCUUUGCCAUUUGGACAUCAAAAUAUUCCGCGAAAAUUGGUGAAAAAUUGGGAUUCAUUCCACUGGACAGGAUCCCUUUUGCAAACCUGAAAUCCAUUGGAAUAUCCUCAGUUGAGAAAAUUCCUCCUGAACACACUCAUUGCAUCCUGGGUGCUGUUGAAAUUUAAAAAAAGAAAAACACAAGCUGGAAUCCGAAUGUUUGCUGAAGGAUUUUUGAAUUUGUGGCAGGAAUUUAAUGAUGUGCGCAUCUGGAUUAUGCUAAAAAAAAGAAGGAGCCCACCCUUGGUUGCCAAAAGUGGUGGGAUUUUUAAAAUGAACCAACAAUGAGUGUAGAAAUAAUCUUCGUUUGUUGAUUUUAAUACCAAUAACACGACGGAGUUUGAUUCCCGAUGGCCCUUUAAUUGAUGCAGCUGUAUAAAUAACUAAAAUACUUCCCUCUUUCACACACUGAAAACUUCCUGGUGCUUCCCCGGUCUUCUCAAAGUGAUGGGGUUGAAUGCCUAAUAAACCUCCUCUUCACUACUAUAAAAAUAAUAAUUUACGUCAUUUACGUACCUUUACGAACUUUUUUUUGUGAAAAAACUCUAAGAAGUGCUACCUAAUAAAUUUUAUUAAAAAAAUCUUUGGAAAAACCAGAAAUUUUCCGCAAAAAAUAAAGAGAAAAACUCUGCGUAUUGUCGAAAUUUAAUCACUCAUAAAAAUUUUUAAUUUUAAAAGCGUCCAAAUAAAAAGAAAAUCUCUAAGUUUCGAACAGAAUAUUUUUUAUUCCACAUUUACAUAAAAUUCUACUACCUAACGAUUUUCUCACAGAAACUUUUUUACCUUCUCUUUCCAUUUUCACGACAGAGAGAAAAGCAUUUUAUGUAUAAAAAGAUUUUUAUAAAUAAUAAAAUUAAAUUUUAGUUUGAUAAAAGAA